CAUUUUCAAACAGUUCAGUAAACCGCAGACCAAUUGUCUGGUCUCAGAGAAAAUGCUUGACUUUCGGAACGCCAUCAACGACGCCAUGAAGAGGAGUGUCAUCAAGAAAGUCAUGUCAGACACCGAUAGCGUGGAGUCCUAUCAACCAUUCAAUUGGUCGCAUAAGAGGCGACGGAACGACUCGAAGAACUCGUCCCACAGUCAGAACAGUAGCCAUCGUAUCAAAGCUCAUAACAAUGGACACAAAAAGGCGAAGACUUGCGAGACAUCGACAGGUGAUCAGAAGCAGUCGUCCAAAGGGAACAGACAGUCAUCGAAAGGGAACAAACACUCGACCACAGAGUCUGACAUUGAAUCUCAAUCAACGACUUCCAGCGAUUCCACGACCAAGAAGUCAAUGGAUAGAGAAGCCGUGAAGUUAUCGCAAAUCGAUUACAAGGACUGGCUGUUGGAGACCCUCCCGCGAUAUUCGCCAUUCAUCGGACAGGUAGGCGACCGCGUGGUGUAUAUGAGGGACGCCCACCACAUAUACAUUAAGUACGAGUUGCGGCAACUGCGGGAACAGUACCCGCGCUUCAAGUGCGAGUACGACCAGAUCACGGAUCAGCUCCACACCGACGACUACAUCAUAAACGCCAAGAUAUCGGACGUGAAGUUCUAUCAAACAAAUUACAUCCAGUUUUCGGUGGUUUGGAUGGAAAGCCUGUCGAAGGAGACGCCGUUCAAGUUCUGUGUGUUGUAUCGGCCGAACAGGGAUGCGAACGACUUCCUAGUGUUGGACAAGUUUUAUGGCAACCCUCGCAACGCACAGUGGCGGCCGGGUAUGCGGUUUAAGUCGAUUUGCCGCAACUCGUGGUGGAUGGGAACGGUAGACAAGCGGUCGGUGUUUAACCACAAAUACCCGGACUCGCUGUUCAAGUGCUACGAAGUGGUGUUCAACUCUGGGGAGAGGCAGCGGCUGAGCCCGUGGGAGGUGUUCGACGUCGGCGACGGUCACCAGUCGAUGGUCACGAAGACUAAUGGCAUUCGUGUGACACUCGAGGACCUGCUGGACGUGAACUAUAAGCCCGGGUUCACGGAGUGGCCCGAAGUGGAAGGCUAUGAGUUCGAGUUGUGGAGGUGUUGCGAGUCUAAGCGGAUCUACUCGGGCAUCAAGUAUGUCGAGGACAAUGUCCGCCACGAGUUGGUCGCCAUUUUCAAGACCUGCGAUUGCAAAGAGAUCGCGUAUCCGAUAACAGUGACACACAUUAAGCAGCGACUGAAGAACAUGUGGUACCGGCGCAAGUCGACCAUCAUUUUGGACAUCAGUUAUCUGCGCAUUAAUGCGAAGCUCACUGUCAGAAGCCAUGACUACCCGUCCGCCAGUGCUUUCGUGGACCUACUGCUGAGUAUUGUCAAUGAUAUCGAUGCCAUCCAUGAGCCCCAGUAUGCCGACCACGUGGACAAGUAUCAGCACCUGUUCCGGGCCGUAGGUCUGGCCAAACCCGAGACGGCACUCCAUGUGUUUGCCGACCACUCCUACUACACGGCCCCUAUAAUGCCGGGUCCGUCAGGUGUAAGUAAGAGUCCGGCGAAGCCUAAGAGUUCAGCGAAACACAGCAGUCAUAAGUCGGCCGACCCUUCCGGUGCCUCGAAAGUCAAGUUUUUAAUGGUUUUUGUGUUUUUUGUGUCCAACAGAAGCCGCAAAUAUGCCGAUGAGGCGACCGUCAAACCCAUUGAGACCACGGAAAGCACUCAAUGGGUGACCGAUUCGUUGAGAUUCAUCGACGACUUGUGCACCAAAGACGACUCCCAGCCCUUUCGCCUACCCGUAGACCCCGUGCAGUACCCGCUCUACCGGACCGUCAUCUCAGAGCCCAUAGAUUUGAGUGAAAUCCGGCGUAAACUGAAUGAUAAGGAGUACCCGAACCCCAAAGAGGUGAGAGAGGACUUCCGGUUGAUGUUCACGAACGCCAAGCUCUUCAAUAAGAACCCGAAAGCGCCGAUUCGUAAGAUUAAUAAACGGUUGUCCACUCUCUGCGAGGAUAAGCUCCGGGAGGUUAUCGUGGACUGGGAGCGCGUGCUGGCCUACGAGCGUAAGCAACGCAAACAAACCGGGUUUAGGGUACGGGAGCCCAAAGCCCGGCAGGAGUUGUGGGGGUUCGGCGCUCAGCAAUUUGUUAGUGACUGCAAAUACGCCCACUAUUUGGGAGUACAAGUAGAGUGGAGUGGGGGUGGGGGCCAGUUUCACGUAUGUCUGUCCACUCGGCUCCGGGAUAUCAUUUUGGACUUCUCCUCCACAGUAGUCUCAGUGCACAGGCUUUUGGUUAACAUUACCUUCAAAUCAUAG